CGGCUGCCGGCUACGCGGCGCGCACGCACUCGAACGCGCGACCGCCGCGGCCGAUUUGUGCGCGCGAGAGAACGAUGAAUUAUUAACAUUACGUUAUUAGCAGUGUGUAUCCUAUAAAAUAUUACUAUAUUAUUACCGUAGUUUUACUCUGUGUCAAUAACGAUUCCCCGACGAUAUAACUAAACAUCAGCCGUUCGGUGCCCACCGGUCGAGUAGUCGCGUUGGUACCUCAGUGUUAUAUCUGCUUUCCGCACCGCACAGUGUACAAUGACUACAAUGUACAUAAAAUAUGUCGUACGCGGUUUUUAAUCAACUGCGGUUACCACCACGACUAUAUAGGUAGGUAUAAUAUUAUUAUUGUCCGAGUAUACGGCGUACCUGCUACACGGUUACGACCACGGACUGCCGCGACCGUUAUCCGGAUACCUAUAUAACCAUCAGCAGCAACAGCAGCUAUAUUACGUCCUGCACCGACGGUCAUCGUCAUUCGUCGAUAGUCGUGCGCGCACACACCGCUGCAGCGUCAUUACUCAUAUAGGUACGCCGCGACGUGGAAAUAAUGUUUAGCAAUAAGUGCAAGAGCAAGGCCAGGCUGGACGGCAAGACUGCCAUCGUAACCGGUUCGAACACGGGCAUCGGCAAAGUAACCGCAAAAGAAUUCUAUAGAUUAGGUGCAAAGGUCAUAUUGGCGUGUCGGGACGUUAAAAAAGCGGAACAGGCCGUGACGGAAAUCAAGGCUGAAAUACAGGGCGACGGUCUCGGGCAACUAAUCAUAGAGGAAUUGGAUUUGGCAUCUUUUGCUUCAAUUAAACGCUGUGCAAAAAGUAUUUUACAAAAAGAAACAAAAAUUCAUCUACUAGUAAACAAUGCUGGCGUCAUGACAUGCCCCAAAGGUAAGACCCAAGAUGGUUUCGAAACACAAUUUGGCAUUAAUCAUUUGGGACACUUUCUAUUCACGUUGCUUCUGUUACCAAGAAUCCGAAGUUCAGCACCAGCUCGUAUCGUAAUCGUGUCGUCCCUGGCACAUGUAUUCGGUUCAAUCAAUUUUAAAGACAUCAACCAUGAAAAAAGUUAUUCGCCCUCUACAGCUUACAGUCAAAGUAAACUGGCCAACGUGUUAUUUUCGAAAGAAUUGUCGCGAAAACUUGAAGGGACCGGAGUUCAUGUGUAUAGCUUACAUCCCGGUAUUGUACGCACCGAAUUGACCAGAACACUAGACCAAGUAUAUUUCCGGGCAUGUGGUUCUUGGGUCGUAUCUUCCUAUCCGUGGGUCAAAAACCCGAAGCAAGGAGCUCAGACCACUUUGUACUGUUCGAUAGACGAGAAAACUGAAGCAGAAACCGGACUAUACUACAGCGAUUGCAAGGUAAAAGAACCGUCAUCAUUAGCCAGAGACCCGGAGCUGGCGAAGAAACUUUGGGAAACUAGCAUAGAAAUGGUCGGCUUAAAAGAUUAUGACGCAUUCAACUGCGGUGGAGACGUGAUCCCCGAUCCUUUAAAAGACGUUUGAACGAAAAAUUCUCGUUUUUCAUUAAUAAUAUAAAUCAUUUCGUUUAUAUAUAUUUUUUUACAUUUUUUUAAUCUGUUUUUAUAAUAAAGGAACUUUUUUUAUCGAA